CUGGCGGCAGUGGCGGGGGCGGCACGGGCCACCGAAAGCGGGGCCAUGGAGCCCAGGGAGUCGGGGAAGGCUCCUGUGACGUUUGACGACAUCACGGUGUACUUGCUUGAGGAGGAGUGGGUGCUGCUGAGUCAGCAACAGAAGGACAUCUGUGGUUCUGACAAGCUGGUGGCACCCCUGGGACCAACUAUUGCCAGCCCGGAGCUGUUCUAUAAAUUUGAGCGAGGGCCAGAGCCAUGCCUCGCCAGUGUCCAAGGUCAGAGGAGUCACUUGAGCCCCAACCCAGGAAAAACCAAGAUGGGCUUCAUGGAGGAAAUGGACAUGCAGCGCCCAUCCAGAGAAGCUGGACUCUACCUGCCUCCUCAGAAGGAAGCCUGUCUGUCCUACUUCAGCUCAGAGAGAGGCAGCCUCCAGGGAGACUAUGCAGGAAGAGGCAGCAAACCCUCCAAACCCCGAUCCAUCCAGAAGUCGUGGUUUGCGCAGUUCCCGUGGUUGGUCAUGAAUGAGGAGCAGACAGCUCUGUUUUGCUCUGCUUGCCGGGAAUACCCAUCUGUCAGGGACAAGCGGUCAAGAUUAAUAGAAGGUUAUACCGGACCAUUCAAGGUGGAGACUCUCAAAUACCACGCCAAGAGCAAGGCCCACGUGUUCUGUGUCAAGGCCUUGGCGGCACGGGACCCCCUCUGGGCAGCCCGUUUCCAGAGCACCCAGGAGGUGUCUGGUGAUAUACUGGCCAGCCAGGGGCCCUUCUUCCCUGCAGAUUGUCCCAUAUUUUACUCCCCAGGGCCUCUGGGAGCCUGUGAUAAUGUGGCCCAACUCCUGCCCAGCUCAAGAGCUGCCCUGGGGGACCCUGGAGGGAAUGGAGCAAUUCCUGCAUUGUACCUGGACUGCAUCCCUGAUUUUAGGCAAACAGAAAUCAUUGAUGACAUCCACAGUUCCUCAGAUGAUAACAUUUUAUGUAAUGACUCUGCUGAACCCUGUGGCCAGGAUCCUUCUGAGGAGGGGCUGUUGGAGGAGCUCCCGGUGGUGUUUGAGGAUGUGGCAGUGUAUUUCACCCGGGAGGAGUGGGGCACGCUAGACAAGCGGCAGAAGGAGCUGUACAGAGACGUGAUGCGGAUGAACUAUGAGCUGUUGGCAUCCCUGGGGCCUGCUGCUGCCAAACCAGACCUGAUCUCAAAACUGGAGCGGAGAGCUGCACCCUGGAUCAGGGACCCACACAGGCCAAAGUGGGGGAAAGGCCAUCCUCCUUCAGGGAAAAAGAAGAUGGUGGCCGUUAGAGAGGCGCACACACAGGCCUCGGCUGUAGAGUCCACGUGGCUUCCAGUUCCUUCUGUGGAGACGUGUACUUCCUACUGCAGGCCCCGCCUUUGUGAGGCAGACAGACAGGCCAAAAUCAAGAGGACUUACAGACCCCGAUCAAUUCAGAGGUCGUGGUUUGGGCAGUUCCCAUGGUUAGUGAUGGACCCCAAAGAGACCAAACUCUUCUGCUCAGCUUGCAAAGAAAGGCCUAGUCUCCACGACAGUUCAUCCCGGCUGGUCCGCGGCUACACGGGCCCUUUCAAAGUGGAGACUUUAAAGUACCACGAAGUCAGCAAAGCACACAAGCUCUGUGUAAACACCGUGGAAAUCAGGGAGGAUGCCCUGCAGACCGCCGUGGUCCCCGAGAUCUCCAGUGACCUGAUGGCCAACAUGGAGCACUUUUUCCACGCUGCCUACUCGAUCGCGUACCACUCGAGGCCCCUGAACGACUUCGAGAAGAUCCUGCAGCUCCUCCAGAGCACGGGGACCAUGAUUUUGGGCAAGUACCGAAACCGUACCGCCUGCACGCAGUUCAUCAAGUGCAUCUCCGAGACUCUGAAGAAGGAGAUCCUGGAGGACGUGCGCAACUCCCCGUGCCUGAGCAUGCUGCUGGACAGCGCCACGGAUGCCUCCGACCAGGGAUGGAGGUGA